AUUUGAUUCACUCUCCCUCAGCUCAGCACUGAAUACCAUCCCUUUGAUGCACCAUGGAUCUCGUCAAGUCGGAUCGGAUGAUGACACCCGAGGAUUCUGAAGACAAGGAAUUGCCCGCAAGACCAGAGGGCCAAGACAUGCCUGAACACCGGUUGCAUCCGAACCGUGUCUAUUUUAACGGAGAGCCAGGGUCUACAUUUUCUAUCAGACCUCGUACAUGGAAGAGCUUUCGAGGCGAUGGCAGCUUCGACCUCGAAGCGAGAAUACCCAAGGGGGCCCUGCAGGAAGGGUACUACACCAUCGUGUGGUGCAUCUCGCCAAAACCCCUCGGUCAGUCGCUUCUCAAAAAGCUUGUUUUCGAGGUCGAGGUGCCCCAGAUGAAGUACAAGCUGUGGGCAGAAAUGUCAGAGGCUCAAAUCGAGGCAAUAGACUAUCUUGUCGAGGCACCAGGGCGAAAACUAAAGAUGGUAGACGUUAGGACGUGUCAACAGCAAUUCUCAGACGGGGUACAAUUUGCGCCGAUGGCCCAGAUCUUCGCCAUGGAUGUCUCUGCUUCUGGAGAAUACGUUGCGGUCCUAUCCUCAACAUUGACUACAGCAUAUAUUGGGAUCUGGGACCUCGUCACCGCUUUGCCAUCAACACCCGACAAGUCGCAUGACCAGAGACGGCGAUCAAAUAUCACGAGUCAACCACCACUAGCUACGUUCAGCAUUCCACUACAAGAGGGACAGUUCAACAACAUGCGGCUAUUCAAGAUUGCAUUAUCGUCUGAUGGGUCGAGCAUUGCGGUGUACCAGCAACCCCGCGAUGACGACUUUGCGCCAGAAGAGAAAAUACUGGAUAAUUUCAGCUUCCCAUUCCGACUCUUCUAUGUCAAGGCUAACUUUACAGAAACACAAAAACUGAAGGAACUCGCAACGACCACAGUCCUCAUUGAAGAUACGUCCAUACACAGAUCGAUGGCGCAUUUUGUUGGAUACGGCAAGUUCAUGGCUAAAGACAUAUUCAAUGGCACGAGACACAACAUAUCGACUCCAGCGGAUGAUUCGUCAGCAGGUGAUUAUUUUAUUGCAUGCGAUGAAUCGAGGAUCAAAAUUUACGAUGCCUCAGAGAGAUGGGAGCGACUCUACGGGAUCGCGAUUGGCGGCCUCUGUUCUAUGAAGUCUCGGACGAAGCAACUGCGGGCGCUCUUCCGUAGUCUAGAGGGUCCAUUGUUCAUAUGGUGGGAAGAUGCCCAGAACAUCUCUAUCUGGGACCUCGCCACUGGUGCGAACCGCAAAUAUAUCUCUGUCACCAAUCCAAGUAGCCGGGUGCAGAAUGAAAUUGGGCUUUUCUCGGUCUCAAGGAGAGGGAAGUUGCUGGCCUUAGCGGGGUCAGACUGGAUCAGGACAUACUUUAUGGAAUCGGGGAUCGAGGUCUGCAGCACUGUGAUCCAUGGCGGACGCAUAUUGGAUAUCCAGUUCCUGGAUGAGGACAAGAGCCUUCUGGUGACCACUGGCAAUUCCAGUAUCGAGCAGACCUCGGUUAUCAUGGAUGCGCUGAAUCUCUCCUUCCAACGAUGCGCUGGAAGGCAGUUUCCGUCAUCGACUUAUUCCAUCCAACGUGUCGCUAAGUUGUCCGAAGGAGCUGCGCUAUCCCACGGCAUGGAACACGUUAUGAUGGCAGUCAACGGCAAUGAGAUGGAGGUAUUUGCUAUACCACAGCCUAGUCUAUUCAGCUCCGGAGGUCAUCUGGCGAAUUGCGAUGAUGGGUGCGCAAAUAAGGAGAGCAUUGAGCUCAGCAAUCACGUCUACCAGUUUCCUGAAUCCAACUCUGAGUAUCGUCUGGUGGUUAAUUUUGAGGAAAGGGAGGUUGAUAGUCGACAGCGAAAGGUUGUGCGCGUAGUCUUAGUCUCGGUUGACCAGCACGGAUCUGUUCAACAGUUGCUGACCAUCAUACCCGAGCCAUGGAUGCAGUUCGAAGAGGAAGAUGAAGACGCAGAACACUAUGUUCAGGCGUCUUUUCUUGCAUCUUGGUCUCAAUUCAUCAUUCUCAGCUCCACCGGCUUUCAAGUAUGGAAUCUGCCCGACGUCACUCCCGAUAACCGAUGCGAGCUGGCAUUGACCUGGGUCUGUCCGCGUAGCAGAAACAACGGCGAAGUGUGCAGCUAUGCAGAGCCAGUGCUGGAGACGCGUGUAUGCGUCCAUGGAGAGGCGAUCCUAUCUGUGUGGUUCGAUGAUGAGGCCAAUAGGAGUCGAACUGUCUGCGUGCGGAUCCCCAAGAACAACUGGUUUUCGCGAGAGGAGACGCUCUACUGCAUCAAUAGCAUCCCUAUGCUGAUCUCCUGCUACUCGGACGCGAGCGCCAGUGGUCAAGAGGCGAUCAUACGAUAUCUAGUCAAGCACAUCAACCACGAUCCACCCGAGGGAACUACAACGUAUAACGUCAUGACAAAAAUUGCUUGGGCAUCGAAAUGGAGAGGAUGCUCUGAUAUAAUGGGUGCCAUCUUUAGCUCAACUGACGGGAAAUGGAUCCCACGAUGCGUUUCUCUCGGCAGUGUUGGUGGCGAUUCCGACGGUUCGCCCAUCAAGAGCCCGAUUUACUUUUUGAUUAAGAACGCCAAGAAAGAACCCCGCAGCCUGCCUAUGGCCGAGCAACUGAUCGAUUAUUGCAUUCGAGAGGCGAAGUUACAACAGGAUCCGGCCUUUCUGCUGCUUGUGCUAGACUGUCUGCCACUACUGGUCGUCUACCAUCCAGAAACAGCAAUCAAUAUCAUCCGUCGGGCAGCUUUCAUCCCCAUCAAGGACAGAGAUUUUGUUGUGAAUAACUCCGUGCUUGCACAUCCUCCCCGGUUCGGCAUAGAUAUGGCCAAUAUGGCUGCUGUCAGUCGACGCAGGCGCCCGAUCUACGAGUACCCGAAUUCAGUUUUUCAGUUGAAAUCGCAGCUACCACGAAUUUGUGCCAAGGAUUUUUCGUCCCAUAUCGAUGUCCCAGAAGAGAGAUCGGUCGAUCCUCUCAACGAGACAUUCAAGCGACAUGUUUAUGUGGCGCCGUAUGCUCUGCUUUGGCAUACGAGAAGCAACGGUACAUCUACUGGGAAGCGGGACAUUUCAACGGAUGUGGCCAUGGCGAGGAUGGCGUUUGACCUGAUGGUAUACAAGCUGAACCCUUUGAGCAGGCAAACCAUCCGGGCCAACUUCACGGAGCUCCAGUACUAUGACAACCCUGCUGUCGAGGCCCUGCUUGAGUACAAAUGGAACUCAUUCGCAUGCAUGCCCUGGGGCCUGCGAUUUGUUGGCCAACUGUUGUACUACGCGCUUGUUCUCACAGUAACCUUGAUCCAAGUAUACCCGAACAUGAUGCUGACGGAUCUUAGAGGGCCCCUCAUCAUCGUGGUUUCCAUGGGUUGUAUGUUCCUAUAUCUCGAGCUGCAGCAAUUCUUGGCGGACCACUGGAAAUACGUGAAAACACCUUACAAUGUCGUGGAUGUCCUGGUCUUCUUGCUACCUGUCAUUGGAAGUAUCCAGUUGCUUAUCAACAUACCUCAAGUUGAGAAUACGGAUAAGCCUGGGGAUUCUCGUGUACUGAGCUUUUCCAUUCUCUUUAUCUACAUCCACCUCCUAUUCGAGAUGCGCGUGAUCAGAAGCGUCUGCAAUAUUGUGACAAUCAUCCUGAGCAUUGUCAUCAAGAUCCGCGUAUUCUUCGCUAUCUUUGCCUUGAUCGUCCUUGCGUUUACACACUCGUUUCUUCACUUACUGCUCGCCGAAAAUCACGACUGUAUUACUACCGACACGAAUGGCAACUCGAUAUCACUGCUCGGCACUUGCUUUAAACGAGACACUGAUUUCCCUGGGAACUUCUUUGGCGCAAUAUCGGCGACAUACUUCUUCAUGGCUGGCCGAUACGAUCCUGUUUCGAAGGAUUUGGAUGGCGAAGACUGGGCAUUCCAUGUUAUGAUUGCCAUAUACUUUUUUAUUAACGUGAUCCUACUACUCAACGUUCUUAUCGCGCUCAUGAACGUCGCCUUUUCAGCAGGCGACAAUGAUGGACCCCUUGUCUGGCUUGAUAACCGCCUUCGGUCUGUUGAGGCAGCCGAAAACCUAUCCUACGCAGCACCAGGGCUUCGGCAACGGUUCGAUUGGUUCCCGCAGUACAUCUACUACACAGCCUCACCUCGGACUGUCCAGGCAUAUAAGAACAAGUAUCCAUUUCUGAUCGAUCGCGACGACAAUUUACAACCACAGGUACACCAACACUCUAUUGUGAUCACGCCCGUUCGUUCUCCUUCUCCGGGAUGGCAGCUAGAUCAACUGACAACGGAAGCGGCUGUACCGGCCGUACAGGAGCAAAACGAAAACGCAGACUCAUCGGAUGGUGCUGCCGUCGAUUUGUCGUUGGCGGGACAGCAGUCGAUGAAAUCGCCUCGGAUCCCAUACUCACUCACAGAGACGACCGUGAUCGGCUCGCCUUUGGCUACUUCGAGUGAAUAUUCGCGCCAAAAUACAGGCACAGGCAACUAUUUCGCAGAUUUCCAGUCAAUCGCAAGCACGAUUCCGCAGAGUGAGGGAGGGGCAAAAUUGGUUCAGUCGCCGCUGGAGCAGCUACCAUCGCGACCGCAGCCACAGCCACAACCGCCAAGGACGAGACAAAGACGUCCUUCCAGACAAAGCACUACGCGUACGAUUAACUUUCUUCGCUCUGCGAACGAUCAAGACGGGAACGGUGUUGACGACAAGUUCGAGAGAGACGAGGAAGAGAUUAGCGAGAGCGGUCAGGGUGUGGACGUGAGCAAUGAUGCUUUGUUUGCCCAAGAUCAUGUCAGCAUCCUGAGCCGUGUGAACCAGGACGAGCGGCAGAGACUUAUGGAGACGGAGCUACGUACUCUCCAGACAAAUACGGAGCAAUUGCGAGAAAAUAUGAAGGGCAUUGAGAGCAAACUAGACCAGAUGACGUUAAUGCUAGAACUUCUACUGCGGCAAUCGCCGCAACGGCCCUCAUAG